CCGCGGGCGCACGUCGUUUCGCGUUUCCGCUUCGCCUUGCCUCUCCUCCUGGCCCCGAAAUGCCGGGACCGGCCGUGGAGGCGGCGGCCGGGGGCGGAGACCACGACGGCGGCGGCCGCAGGAAGGCGGCCGCGUGGGAGAAGACCUACCUGGACGUCCUCGGCAUCUGCUGCACCGCCGAGGUCGCGCUCGUCGAGCGCCUCCUCUUGCCCAUCGAUGGCGUGCGGGCGGUCACCGUCGUCGUCCCCUCCCGCACCGUCAUCGUCGAGCACGACACCGCCGCCGUCUCCCACCUCCACAUUGUGAAGGUCCUCAACAAGGCGGGCCUCGAGGCCUCGAUCCGAGCCUACGGCGGCACCGGCGGCGGCCGGUGGCCCAGCCCGUUCAUUGUCGCCUGCGGCGCCCUGCUCGCCGCGUCCUUGUUCGCGCCGCUCCUGCCCCCGCUGCGGUGGCUGGCGCUGGCGGCGGCCUGCGUCGGCGCCCAGCCGAUGCUGCUCCGGGCGCUCGCCGCGGCGGGCAACCUCACCGUGGACAUCAACAUCCUCAUGCUCAUCGCGGUGGCCGGCGCCGCCGCGCUCGGGAACUACACGGAGGCCGGCGCCAUCGUCUUCCUCUUCACCGUCGCCGAGUGGCUCGAGAUCCUGGCGUGCGCCAGGGCCAGCGCCGGGAUGCGCUCGCUCAUGUCCGCCGCCGUCCCCAAGCACGUCGUGCUCGCCGAGACCGGCCAGGUCGUCGGCGCGCGCGACGUCGGCGUGGGCACCGUCGUCGCGGUCAGGGCCGGCGAGGUCGUCCCGGUCGACGGCGUGGUGGUCGGCGGGCACAGCGAGGUCGACGAGAGCAGCCUCACCGGCGAGUCCUUCCCCGUGCCAAAGCAGCCGCCGUCCGAGGUCUGGGCCGGCACCGUCAACCUCGACGGCUACAUUUCGGUGAGGACAACAGCUCUGGCAGAGGACUCCACGGUGGCCAGGAUGGAGAGGCUGGUGGAGGCGGCGCAGAGCAGCCGUUCCAAGACGCAGCGGCUCAUCGACGCGUGCGCAAAGUACUACACCCCUGCCGUGAUCGUCGUCGCCGCAGGAGUGGUGCUCGUGCCAUUGCUGCUGCUGGGGGCUCGUGACGGCCUGAAGCCAUGGCUCCAGCUGUCGCUGGUGCUGCUGGUGAGCGCGUGCCCGUGCGCGCUGGUGCUGUCGACGCCGGUGGCCACCUUCUGCGCGCUCCUCCGGGCGGCCAGGAUGGGGCUGCUCAUCAAGGGCGGCGACGUUCUCGAGUCGCUGGGCGAGGUCAGGGUCGCGGCGUUCGACAAGACCGGGACGAUCACCAGGGGGGAGUUCAGCAUCAGUGCCUUCCAUGUGGUUGGGAACAAGGUUGAAAUGGAUCAGCUCCUUUACUGGGUAUCCAGCAUGGAGAGCAAAUCAAGCCAUCCAAUGGCUGCUGCACUUGUUGAGUACUCUCGGACCAAAUCUAUCCGACCGGAGCCGGAACACGUGACUGAAUUCCACAUCUAUCAUGGCGAGGGCAUCUAUGGCGUGAUCAGCGGUAAACACAUCUACAUUGGAAACAGAAAGAUCAUGGCAAGGUCCUCAUGUCAAGCACCUGUCCAAGAGAUGGAUGAUCACAAAGGUGUGUCCAUCGGACACGUGAUCUGCGACGGCGAUCUCGUCGGGCUGUUCUCCCUCUCCGACGACUGCAGAACCGGGGCGGCGAAGGCGAUCCAGGAGCUGAGAUCUAUGGGGAUCAAGUCGGUGAUGCUGACCGGGGACAGCGCCGCCGCGGCCAAGCACGCGCAGGAGCAGCUCGGCGGCGCCCUGGAGGAGCUCCACUCGGAGCUCCUCCCGGAGGACAAGGUCCGGCUCGUCGCGGAGCUCAGGGCGAGCGGCGGGGCGACGCUGAUGGUCGGCGACGGCAUGAACGACGCCCCGGCGCUGGCCGCGGCGGACGUGGGGCUCGCCAUGGGCCUGUCCGGGUCCGCCGCGGCCGUGGAGAUCAGCCACGCCGCGCUCAUGUCCGGCGACAUCCUCCGAGUCCCCAGGGCCGUGCGGCUCGGGCGGCGCGCCCGCCGGACCAUCGCCGCGAACGUGGCCUUCUCCGUCGGCGCCAAGGCCGCCGUGCUCGCGCUCGCCGUCGCGUGGCGGCCCGUGCUGUGGGUCGCCGUGCUCGCCGACGUCGGGACGUGCCUGCUCGUCGUGCUGCACAGCAUGCUGCUGCUGAGGGACGCCGCCGCCGCGGCGGGGCGGCCGUGCUGCGGCGGGGCAUCCGAGCCCAAGGCGUGCUGCGCGGCGGCCAAGUCGCCGGCGGCGAGGUCCCACCUCGCCGGAGCGCCGAGCGCCAAGAGACCAGGUGACCACCACGACUGCCACGGCUGCCAGAAGCAAUGCAAGCCGCCGCCGGAGCACUCCGUGGUGAUCACCAUACCGGCGCAAGCCGUCGCCGAGCACAGGAAGGAGGCGGCGAGUGCUCACGCGAUGGCGGCGGGGGAGGGGGAGGGCGGAUGCUGCGGCGGCGCUUCGUCCGUGGCGGCGCCGCCGGCGGCGAUCUGCGCGCCGCACGGCAACGGCGAGGACGAGGUGUGCAUCAUCAUCAGCGCGAGGACGCCCUGCUGUAGUAGCAAGGCGAGGAGUAGGUGCGGCUCGCCCAAGGAUGCCGGCUGCAAGGAUGCUGCAGUGUGUUGCUCCGGCGGGAAGGAAAGAUAGCGUCUCAUCAACCCUCGUCUGCUGACACUUUUUGGAUCGCCAGCUGGGACGAUAUAUGUAUAUAUGUUGUAUAUAUAUAUAUGUAUGUAUAGUGUGUGUAUAUAUAUAUA